AUGGCGCCACCACCAAAACAGGACAAGCCUUGUGACACACUUUUUGUAUACAAUAUCCCAGAAAACAAGAAUAAAAUCUUACUUCUUUUCAAACAUUUCAAGCAUUACGGACACAUUAAGAGCAUUUGGUGCAAUCAAAAGGUCGCAACAAUUAGCUAUUCAACAGUAGAAGAAGCAACAAAGGCUUUUCAUUCACCAGAAGCAUACGAAAACAACAGAUUUGUUAUGAUUAAAUACCAUAGAAAUCCAGCCGAAUCAGAAUCCCAUUUAGCUGAUGCAGCUGAUAUGGAUUUUGUUAGAAAAGUAGCAGGUGAAGUUAAAGCCGAGAUUGAAAAGACCCAAAAGAAGGAAGAAGAAGAACGUGCACAGUUAAUUGCUCAACAGAAGAUACGUAAUUUAACAACUGAAAUUAAUAAUAGUAAACAAAUUAUAGCUCAAUGCGAAAAUAUAGCGAUGGAUCUCUUCAAAGAAAAGGAUGAAACACAAGAUGCAGAGAAACAGACAGAAAUAGAUGGAAAAAUACAAGAAACUAUUAAGAUCAUGAACGAUGCUAAGAAGAAGAUUGAAGAAUUAGAGAAGGAACAAGCUGAUUUAAAGAACAAACUAUCUCAAGUUCAACCAGCUCAAUCACAACAACAAGCUUAG